UGUCAAUCUGGCACUUACUAAAGACACGUAAGUGGUAUGAGAAACAGACAUGUUCUAUGGUAUCGGUGGAUUAGGAAUAUAUAUAUGCAUAGAGAUAAGAAAAAUACAUUUUGAUUCGGCAGCGGCGCUGGGAGAGGUGUUCUAAGUCUUACUGCUCCAUGUAUUGAAAAUAAAAAAAAUUUGUAUUUGGUCUGUCACGGGGAUGGGGGAGGCGAUAGCACAAAAAACUUGCCAAAACGUAUAAUUACUAAACAUUAUAAUUAAAGUUCUUCAUUUCAUCAUCUCUCCCCUACCCACCUUGAAAAAAAAAAACAACUGUAAGCGAGAACGAGGUAGGGCUUUUUUUUUAAAAAAAAGAUCGCCACUGCUUAAAAUAUCAUUUCUUUAGAAGUUCAAAAUCUAAAGGUUACAAACGAAACCUUUUUAAUUUGUGCUGAUUCAGAGACUAUGUUCAUUCAAGAGUAGCUGACUGAGUAAGAGGUAAUGUACAACUACAUAUACUUGUUGCAGACUGUAGGGUCCUCGUCUCUAUUAAAAAAAAUAUUUUAUCGUUUUAAUAAAAUACUUCUACUAGAACAUAUUUAUCUCUCCAAGUAGACUAAAACUAAUUUAUCUUUUUUUAUACAAAUGAAGGGAUUUAUUUAUUUCAAUUGUUAACGGCUUUCCCGAUAUUAUCAACAUAUUUGUCUCGAUAACAGAACACAGCCAUGGUUUUAAAGGUGGUACUUCUAUCCAUACUUCUGUGUGGGAUAAUAUCCUUAGUAGACUCAGCAUGCAGUGCUGGAAGGACCAAACGUGAGUUGAGAGGCGCCUGGAUAGCCACGGUCAACAACAAAGACUGGCCAAGGUCAAUGUCCGAAACAACACAAGCGAACAAGCUCCACCUGAUCUAUCUUUUGAAUAUUCUGCGUGAUGCCAACUUCAACGCUGUGUUCUUCCAGGUCAGGUCAGCCGGAGAAGCGAUGUACGCGUCCAGCAUCGAACCAUGGAGUCAAUACUUGACCGGCACUCAGGGAAUGGCCCCGAGCCCAGCUUGGGACCCUUUACAGUUUUUAAUUGACGAGGCCCACGCCAGAAACAUGGAGGUCCAUGCCUGGUUUAACCCAUUCAAGGCCACGUCUGGUACCAUAUCUACAGCUGGGAUGUCAGCCAACCACAUUGCCAAGGUUAUACCAGCUCACGUUCAUCCGUUCGGCAGAAACCUGUGGAUGGACCCGGGAAGUGAUGAAGUACAGGACUGGGUGGUCAACGUUACUCUCGAUGUGGUCAGGCGUUACGACAUAGACGGUGUCCACAUGGACGGCUAUUUCUACCCCAUAUCCAUAGGCGACCGCAUCACCCUCUUUUAUGGCGGCUUCGACGACUCAGCGACGUACAACGCUUACCAGAGUGAUGGUGGAACUAUGAGCCGCGCUGACUGGCGACGUGACAAUGUUAACAAAUUUGUGGAAAGAUUAUCUACCAAAAUCCAUGAGACAAAAGACUGGGUCAAGUUUGGUGUUAGUCCAUUUGGUAUUUGGCGAUCUGGCUACCCUAGUGGAAUUACAGGCAUAUCCAGUGUAGAAGAUUUCUCCACAGACUCGCGACUUUGGCUGCAGAAAGGUUGGGUAGAUUACUUGGCUCCUCAGCUUUACUGGACCAUCGAUGGACCACAGAAUUUCAGCAAUCUCCUUGACUGGUGGUCCGACUCUGCACAGAACCCCACUCACAAGCACAUCUAUGCGAGUGUGGCUGAUUACAGGAUUGUUGAUAACAACUGGAGUCCCGACGAGAUGGUCCACCAGAUACAAGAAGUGCAGAUGCGAACUAACAGGCAGGUUUGGGACGAAAUUUAUUUCAACGCCCACCAACUGCAAUCCAAGCAAAAAAUCUCCCGAGGACACUGAAGUCAACGAUCUACACAUCACCCACUUUGACCGACGCCUACUACUACAGGGGCAACGUCUCUUAUCCCUUCCCACCCAACGUUGAGGUUGUCGGGGACGCCCUGGUCUGGUCUCAC